AUAUAUUUUCAAAACAAAAAAAGACUUUGUCUUUAACCCCCUCCCCCUCCAAAACUUACACAAAAGUGUUCCCACACGAGACGAAAAGGAAAAGUUUUAGCGCCGGGGCUUCUUUAUAAAAACUUUGUUUUUAAACCCCUAUACCUUACGCUUUGCCGCAAGAAGCGUAAGGUUCGAUGUUGGCACACUGGUGGAGAAGUUUUUUUACGUAAACUUUGAUCAAAAGCAGAGUUAAAUUUACUCUAUAGAAUUGCAUACUGUUUUGUAACCCUGUGUAAGAAUGAACCUAUUAGGAGUUAAAAGCGAGUGUUAAAACAAUGUGUCCCCAUAUCAAAUCUUAAAAUGGAAUCAAUAACUCUUGACUUCUUAGCUCUCACAGCGGUUAUAACAUUAAAGGAGUUAAUUCACUGACUCGGCCCGCAGAACCGCAGGUUCCCACCAAAGCGACAGAAGCUAAGUCAUUUCAGAACAAUUUGCUCUCCACAUGUCUGACUUGUUCACCAAGCUUGAUAUUAAGAUGAGUUUGCCUGAGGAUGAAUCGCCACCAUCAGUCUCUCUCGCUCCCUCACUCCUCCGUCGCUUCUUCCAAGACUCAAGCUCCAAAAAUGGCUAUAGACCGACACGGGCUCUCUUACUUGGAGACUCAAGCUUGUCCAACGCAUGAGGAGCACGUUGAUGGCCCCGGCCAAACUUCACGACAGCCCAGCAACCCGAAGACAAUCUGUGUUAGUGAGUGGACAGCCCUAUGGGGGAGUGCAGAGAGACCCUGUCUUUUAUUAGACAUUCAGUAGAAACAUAAACUGGGUAAGAAAUGAUGGCACUGAAUACCAGGUUGGCCUGUUCUGUACUGUAAUAUCCAACAAUCUACCUGUGUUAAAAGAAGAUUUCCUGUCUUAUUACCUGAACUAAAUGCAUUACUUUUUCUCCGCCUUGUAUUUUGAACAAUUCCAUAUAUAUUGUAUUGAAGAAAAAUGUGUUAAGUAUACUGUGUUUUGUAUUGCACAGCUGAUAUAUGUCCAACCUUUUGAUAAGUUAUAUUUGAAUGAAAGCGACAUGUGAAACAUGAAAGUGUAUGUUAUCACCUAUUCUGUGCAUGGUGAGAUAAGCAUUGGUCUUCAUCUGAUCUUUCUGCGUCACAGUUCCAGUUGUUAAAUGUUGUUCUGAUCUUAGAUAUAGACAAAAAAGAGUUAGUAUACAGAUGGAUUUACACAAUUGUUUCCAAAGCAAAAUUAAACUACAGUGCAGCAUACUGGAUCAACUUAUUUCGGAUUGUUAAAAUAGAAGACUUGCCAGAAUAUUGUUGUUGGACUGACAAGUGAUGUUUAAGUCCACAAGCAAUACAAUCUUUCUAUCCCUAGAGGUCUGAGUAUGUUCGCUGGCCGUAUAUUUCUAAAAGUCUCCAAUCUGUUUAAAGUCAUCAAGGAUUAGAGAUCAUGGUGCUGAAACAAGCUCACAAAUUAAACAUUUUUGUUUUUCUAAUGAUGUGGUUGUACUUUCAGAGCUGCGUUUGGUUAAGUCAGGGGGUGUCAAUUCUGUUGAUGUGUCACGCCGGAUGAUUAAAAGCCUCAAAAAGCUUGGAUGACGUCUGAGCAGAAAACAUCUGCAACAUGCAUAGACUGCUCUGUGUCUCCAACAUCCCACUGGCUCUACAAUAAGGGGAGCCGAAAGGUCACGCCUGAGAAAGAGUACCAUCAAAAAGGUCCUUUGAUAUUGCAAAUUAACAUUGAUAUUCAUGGGGAUAAUUAUUGCAAUUCACGUCAAAUACCAGCCAUUAGUGCUGCAGUGUUAGGGGAAAAGGGGGUUUUGGUUAUUAGAAGCUACUUAUCAGACAACUGUUGCUGGCUGAAAAGCCUUGCUUGCUUCUGACUAACAUCAAUAUCCAUGUUCCAUUAAAACAGACAGGACAAACCCCCUGCAAUUCCCCUAUUACAAUGGCUUUCACAGUAAACCCGUGGCUACAGCAUUCGGUAAAGUGCAGAUUUAUGAGAACAAAUGUAAAUUUUGUAGCAAUCUGGUUCGACAAACCAAAAACAACAUGUUGUUUUGUACAGUUUUCAGACUUUGCAAUAGUGAAUAAGUGCAAAGAAAAAUGCUUUACUUCAAAAUGUUGUAGCUAAAAUGUAUUAAAUCGUUUUUUGGUUGGUGAAGGGGAAGGAGGGCAUUUAGUACCCUUAGAGCUAAGCUAUCAAAGGAACAGGAUCAUAAUUAGUUAUUGACAUGAGUCAAGUUUCAUCAGCAUCAUAUCUAAACAAGAUUGACAGGGCAUCAAAGUAUGCAGAGGAUGGUGGAUGCUUUACAGUCUAUUAAUAUGUACAGGCUUUACCCCGAUAGCUUGUUUAAUAGUAGAUAUUUGUCAAAAUGAUUUUUUUUUUACAUCUCAAUAUUAAAAUAACAUUUUAUCUUCAGUAAAAUGUAACAGAAUUAUGUCCGAAUGUCUCAAUCUAUUGUAUAUCAUAAGAAUUUUGUACUUUCAGUGAUGUUACAUGUACUCAAUAUCACUGAUUUCCAAAAAACAAGCAUGGGGUGCAGAAGUUCACGUUUAUUGUGGAUUUUCUUUCACCAAAAAUAUAUUUAGAUGCUCACGUAUGCACACACUCCAUCACUGUCAAAAAAGCAAAACAAAGAACGAAGAAGUAAAAUGUUGGAACACUUUUGUUGCUGUCCACAGAGAAACAGCUGAUCAACCAAGACGGUUCCAUCCACAUUCUUAAACUUGACCUCAAAGCAACAACGUUUUUCAAAUCAAAAUUAUUUUGAAACACAUUGUAGUUGUAUGCUUUAUUACAGAUUCACCACCAAAAAGAAAGGCUUAAAAUAAAUGAUUAAAAGUCUGAAAUGUUUAUGAUAUUGUGUUCAAUUACUGAUGAUGAUAAAUGAAAUACAACAGGAGGAGGUAAAAAAAAAAAAAGUCUAAAAUUGAACCUGAACAGUUGUGACAUCGGUCAGUUUGAUAGAUUUGUGUGACAGAAGAAGGUGGAGGGAUGAUGACACACAGAUCAUGUGUCUGUCUCGCUUUGUUUACCUAAAUGUCAGCCUGCUGGGACAGCUGAGUUCAUUUACCUCCCCAUUAGUCCGAGUCAACUGUUCCAAAACAGGCAGCGUCUCAGGGCUGUGAACCGAGCAUGACCAGUGGCAUCUGUGUGUUUGCCCUGUCUUUCCUCCUUGGUGUCUCACUGAGUGCGGAAAUGACCGGGCUAUAUGGCAGCUUCGCCUCCCCUGGAUUCCCGCAGCCAUACCCCGACAACCAGCUCGUGGUGUGGAACAUAACCGCUCCGCACGGCCACCGCAUCAAGCUCUACUUCACCCACUUCAGCUUGGAGCCCUCCAAUCAGUGUGAGUACGACCACAUCCAGGUUUUGGCGGAAGGGAAUGAAACCCUGCGGUUCUGCGGUGAGGAGGAGAAGAACCACGAGAGCACCCCCAGGAACACCAUCAUCAUGUCAGCCGGGAACGUCAUGUCGGUGGUCUUUAGGAGCGACUACUCUAACGAAGGCCGAUUCACUGGCUUCCAAGCGUUUUACACCUCAGAAGAUAUCAACGAGUGCCUAUCCAGGGUAGAUGGCGAGCGAGUAUGUGACCAUUUCUGCCACAAUUACAUCGGCGGCUAUUACUGCACGUGCAAGCAGGGACACCUUCUCCAUGACAACAAGAGAUCCUGCACAGUGCCCUGCAAAAGCCAGGUGUUGACGUCAGCAUCUGGAGCUCUGACUAGUCCUGGCUACCCAAACCCCUACCCGCCCAUGAGCCAGUGCAAUCACACCAUCAGUUUGCCGGAGGGCUCCAGAAUCAUCCUGGACUUCUUGGAACCUUUUGACAUAGAGGGACACCCCGAUGUCCCCUGUCCAUAUGAUAUGCUAAAGAUUUCAACAACUGGACAAGAGUACGGACCGUUCUGUGGCUCGGCACCACCAGACUCUAUAGAUACUGGAAGUUACCAAGUGCAUGUGGCGUUCAGAUCUGACUCUACUGGGAAGAACAAGGGAUGGAAGAUCAAAUACACCAGCACCACAGCUAAAUAGCUUUCAUAACUUCAAAACUGAUGGCUUCCUGCCUGGAUAAUAUUUUCCUCUGCAAGUUUUAAGAUGUUUUUUUUUUUUUUUUAUUCUUUUGCUAUUAAUAAUUAUAACAGUAUUUAAGUUUUGUUCUAUUUUUCUGACUUUUUGAACCAAUACAUUGAAAAUUAAAUGCACAUGACCUGCAAAUUCAAUUACAACUCUUAAUUUUUA